AUCAAUAUAAAUGUAUGUUCCUCUCUCUAUACACCCAUAUAUACACCAUCACUCUUAUUCUUACACUACUACUACUCCACUCAGCUAUUGGAUAUAUAUACAAUACAAUAGGUUGGAAGAAAUUAAAAAGUGGGCAUUAUUAUUAUGGCCAAUAAUUCUAUUCUAUCAUCAUCAUCACUAAUCUGUUGCUUAUUAUUUCUUUUGUUGAAUCACCAUUAUUGGAUCUUUGUUGAAGCUGCUCCUUCAGGUUCUCUUGUUACACAACUCCCUGGCUUUGAUUCCAAUUUCCCAUCCAACCAUUACUCCGGAUACAUAAAUAUUGAUGGAAAUGGUGAGAAUGGGAAGAACCUGUUCUACUACUUGGUUAGUUCAGAAAGAAAUCCAAAGAAGGAUCCACUUGUUCUGUGGCUCAAUGGUGGUCCUGGCUGCUCUAGUUUUGAUGGAUUUGUUUAUGAGCAUGGACCGUUCAACUUUGAGGCAGCAAAAUCAAAAGGGAGUCUCCCCACUUUGCAUACUAAUCCUUACAGCUGGUCUAAGGUUUCAAAUAUAAUAUAUUUGGAUUCUCCAGUGGGGGUUGGGCUCUCAUACUCCAAGAACUCGACCAAAUAUGUUACUGGGGACCUACAAACCGCGUCUGAUACCCAUGCUUUCCUCUUAAAGUGGUUAGAGCAAUAUCCGGAAUUCCUGGCUAAUCCAUUCUAUAUUGCUGGCGAAUCGUAUGCUGGAGUUUAUGUGCCCACUCUAGCUUUUGAAGUAGCAAAAGGAAUCCGGAGUGGUACAAAGCCCGUGAUCAACUUUAAGGGUUACAUGGUGGGUAAUGGUGUCACGGACGAAAUUUUUGAUGGAAAUGCUCUUCUCCCAUUUGUGCAUGGAAUGGGCCUCAUAUCCGACAGUAUCUAUGAGGAUGUAGAAACUUCCUGCAAGGGAAACUUCUACAAAUAUUACUCUGAGGAUACUGAAGAUAAUAAUGAUGAUUCAUGCAGUAAGAGCUUUCAAAAAGUUGAUAGAGCUAUCGAAGGCCUUAACGUGUAUGAUAUAUUGGAACCAUGUUACCACGAAGGAGAUUCAAAUUCAGCAUGGAUGAAAGCUGCCAUUGCAAAUGGAACAUUGCCAAAGAGUUUUCAAGAAUUAGGGUUAACUAAUAAUAAUGAUGAGAAGCAUCUCAAAGUGAGGAAGAGGAUGUUUGGUAGAGCUUGGCCUUUUAGGGCACCUCUCAAACAAGGCCUUGUUCCGUUGUGGCCCCAAUUAUUGGCUCAAACCAGACAUGUUGCUUGUGUUAGUGAUGUAGUUGCAAGUUCAUGGCUAAACAACAAUGCAGUAAGGAAAGCCAUUCAUGCUGAGGAGGAAAGUGUGACAGGGGCAUGGGAAUUAUGCACCGGAAAGAUAGAAUACAGUCAUGAUGCUGGAAGCAUGAUUCCUUACCACAAGAACUUAACUGCCCUUGGUUAUAGGGCACUUAUUUUCAGUGGAGACCAUGAUAUGUGUGUUCCAUUUACUGGAAGUGAAGCAUGGACUCGCUCACUUGCAUAUAACAUUAUUGAUGAAUGGAGACCAUGGAACUCCAAUGGCCAAAUUGCUGGAUAUUUACAAGGAUAUGACAACAACCUUAUCUUUCUUACGGUUAAGGGAGCUGGGCACACGGUGCCAGAGUAUAAGCCACGUGAGGCACUUGAUUUUUACACUCGUUGGUUGGAAGGAAGACCAAUAUAAUUUAUUAUUAGUAAUAGUAGAAAAUGCAUUUAUAUCAAUCAAUUAAUCAAAUUAUCAAAUAUAGUAUACAUAUGGUGUAGUAGUUUAUACUUUAUAGAAUAAUACAUAGGCCACCAAAAAGUACUCUUAUUAUCAUAGCAAUGUAACCUUUCAACUUGUGCCUCCCAAUAUUUCUUUGCAAUUGUCAUAUAUGCUCUAAUUUUUAUGGAAUUUCUUACAUAUUGACAAA